AUGGCUUGGCGUUGCUCAGGUGACUCGAACCAGGAACUGGUCGACAACCUCUAUGAUGCUGGCUUGAUUAAAUCGCCCAUCGUCAAGGAUGCUUUCCUCAAGGUUGACCGUGCCGACUACGCACCGCACAACCCGUACAAAGACUGUCCUCAGUCCAUCGGCCACUCGGCCACAAUCUCGGCCCCGCAUAUGCAUGCGUCCGCGAUUGAGUAUUGUCUGGCGCACUUGAGUCCCGAUAAAGAGAGAAGGGUUCUUGAUAUCGGGAGCGGCUCGGGAUACUUGACGCACAUUCUGGCGGAGAUGGUAGGUGACAAGGGCACUGUAGUCGGGCUGGAGCAUAUCCGUGAGCUCAGAGACCUCGGCGAGCAUAAUGCGCAGAAGAGUGCUCGGGGUCGACAGCUGCUCGAGGCAGGGAGGAUCAAGUUUCGGCAUGGCGAUGGCCGAAAGGGGUGGGUGGAGGAUGGGAAGAGCGAUUGGGACGUUAUACACGUCGGUGCCUCGGCGAGGAUUCUGCAUGAGGAGCUAUUGGACCAGCUGAAAGCGCCAGGAUGCAUGUUUAUCCCCGUGGAUGAUGAGCAUGGCAUCGACCAGAGUGUUUGGCGCAUCGAGAAGGAUGCCAAGGGCGAAAUCACGAAGCAGCGACUGUUCGGUGUACGAUAUGUUCCAUUGACGGACCCUCCACGUGGAAGCUAA